AUUAACUGUAGCUGAGAACGGAUCAUUUAACCAGACUGAAACUCAAAGCCGGGAAAACAACAUGCCUCGGCAAAGCUGGAUAAUUCAGGUUCUCCUUGUCGGCUUUUUGUGCAUUUUUCCUGUCUCAGUGACUGUGCUUCCUGGCUCUCAGCAGUUAGAUAAAAUCAAAAACUGCUUAAGCCAAGGAAACACAAAUUAUGUUGUUGCUGACAACUUCUACGGCAUCAUCAAUGCGGCUGAUCACUUCGCAGCUAAACUCUCAGGCAAGAAUGGACCGAUUCCGGACGAGUUACCGAAGGUUGUUGAAGAGAUCUUGAAGCAACUCAACAACACAUUAACCAGCAAUAAUGGACCAAAUACGAACGUGUUACCGAACCUUCAAGUGAUCUUGACGAAACUCAACAUGUUAACCAGCAUUAACAUACUGCUACUAGUUCCGGGACAAUUAUCUGACGGUGUUAAAAACAUAUUGGAAAACACUGAGCAACUCGUUGGUCUUUUCAAUCUAUAUCUGAACAGAAGCACUGGGUACUCUGAUUUGAAAAGUCUCCUUAAGACUGAUAUUUUGAAUUGGAUCAUAAACACAUCUGUUUCUGAAACUGGAAGGAAGAACUGUGUGAUAUUCCUACAGAAAAAUCAAACAAGACACAAAAAAUUGUGGAAAACGUGGCCACAAGUGAAAUUGCCAAACUUUACACUGUACAUUACAAAAAAUCUUACAAAGGUCCCAGUGGUAAUUUGUGCUAUGGAAGGAAAGAAGUGCUUAAAUUCAACUGACUCGUGCAUGUAUGGAAAUCUGACUACAAACACUGUGUGUAAAUCAGGGACUGCGUAUAAUGAGGACUCCUGCCAAAACAGCGACUACGCAGACAAGUACAUAAUAAACAUACAUCAAAAUAUCCCCGAGUGUGUCAACUGCGACAAUCCCAUAAAGGAGCCUGAUGAGAUUAUUAAAAUUAACACCACUACUUUUGAAAGUGAUAAUGGAGAAAUUGAUGCAUCCAAAGCUGUAGAGUUCAUGGGUGACAUGGCAAACUUAAUCUCCAAAAUGAAUGGGACUUCAGCUGAGCUGUCAGUGGCGAAAGGAAUCGGGGGAGUCAUAGUGAGAAAAACCGAUCCUGCAGAACUGGAUGAGGUGUCCUUCGCUUACAAGACUCCAACUGAAAAACUGAAAAUUAUAGAAGACUCUAAAAGUCUUGAAACAUUUUCGAGAUCCGUCUCCGUGUCUAAAGAAGCGUUUGAAAAGGCAAUGGUUCUAAACGCCUCUCUACCAUUCGCAGCUGUUCUCCGGUUUUUAAACUUGACUCGGGAUGAGAUGAACAGUACUGUUCUUUAUGAUGAGGUUGUUGCGAUUGAGAUGGGAGCUGCGAUCAAGAAUCUCACCAACACAAUAAACAUCAAUUUCAAGAAUGCAGAAUUUGGAAAGUUUUAUCCAAACUGUAGCUCGUGGAACGGUGAAGGAGGAAAACCCAACUGGACUUCUGAAGGAUGUGAAACUAUAGUCGAUGGAAACGACAUCAGAUGUGAAUGUUCGCAUUUGACGUUUUUUGCUGUCUUACUGACUCCCAUAAACGAAACCAUCUCCAGCUCUGACCUGAACAUCCUCACCAUCAUCACGCAGGUUGGCUGCGGCUUGUCCAUUUUCUUCCUCGGCAUAAUCCUCUUCAUGUACUGCCUGAUAAGGAAGACGAAGGCCAGUUCUUCCACACAGAUCCUCAUCCACCUGGUUUGCGCCUUGUUCCUGCUAAAUUUGACCUUCGUCGUCAAUCACUUUGUGGCAAAGCUGAACAGCGAUGUGGGUUGUGAGAUAAUGGCAGCGGUGAUGCAUUACUCCAUGUUGACCACUUUCAGCUGGUUUGCUGCACAAGGCUUCCACCUCUGUCUGCAGCUGUACAGAGGAGGGAAUAUCGCAAUAAAGCGCUACCUACUCAAAGUUUCUGUCAUCACCUGGAUUCUACCGAGCAUAGCGGUGAUUAUUAUCGCCAGCCUGAAAAAAUAUGGGAAACAGAUCAUCUACACUGAUAAUCCUGAGAACAACGUGGCAAUGUGCUGGAUUAACGACAAUAACAUCCAUUACAUCGUCAACGUUGGCUACUAUGCGAUGGUCUUCCUCUUCACCUUCACCACAGUCAUCAUCACAUUGUCCUGGCUCUUUUGUCUCAAGAGAAGCAAAGCAGCGAACCAACAGGAAACAGGAACCGGCAGGAAAAUAGUGAUCAUUCUGGGUCUGUGUUGCCAGCUGGGUGUCACGUGGGGCUUCGCCUUCUUCGCCUACGGUUCCUUCCGGAUGAUAGCCACCUACAUUUUCACAAUCCUCAACUCAUUUCAAGGGUUCUUCCUCUUCAUCUACUACUACAAGACAACCCGAGUCGGACCAGGCGGCGCCAAUGCGAAGGGAAACUCGGGAAGCACCAACACCAGCAUCAGUACUCUUAAAACCGGACUGGAGUGUGUUGUGAACCCAUAUGUGAGUUUUGACAAACAAAAAGACACGUGAUCUAUGGUGGGACAGAGAAAUCUAAACUGGAACCAGUAGAAAACAUGUACAGUGUAUCCAUGUAAAAUACUGUAAUUAUGUCUCCUGAUACUGAUUUUAUACACUAGGGUUAAAAACAUUUUGAUGAGAUAGACAUUUCAGGUUAAUCUUAAUCGUCCUCUUCAUGAGACUGUCUUGGGAAAACAGAGUGUCUUCAGUCAGAGGCUUUCUCAGAUUCUCUGUAAUACAGACAGCUACAGGAGAUCUUUCCUAAAGACAGACAUCACCACCUAAAACAACAAUUUGAAAAAUCUGAAUUGAUGAGCUACAACAAUAUUUAAUUUCCCUUUGGGAUCAAGAAAGUACUUUUGAAUUUAACUGAAUAAAACCAGGAACCUGCUCUGUAUUAAAGCCCAACAACAUGUAGAAAGUUUUUGUUUAAUUUAUGCUUUUAUAGUAAAAAUGCCCCUGCUCCUUUUGAAACCUUUACUUUUCUGAUGUCCUCCAUUGUUGUUUGGAUUUUCUGAAAAGGCAAUGAAACAUCAGACACCUUAAUGGGGAAAGUUGCAGCUAAGAUUCAUGGUAUUUCUUUUUAAUAAAAUGUUGUUUUUAUCCUAAACAAUGUAAUGUAGAUUAUUGUUAAGCGAUGUAUUAGUAUAAAUGUAUGUUUCAAUCUUUCUGUGUCUCUUUAUGCAUAUUCAAGUGAAGUGAAAAUAAUAAUAAAAGAAAAACUUCCAUAA